UGAGAGGAAAGGUGUAGUGUGGCCAUUCGGUCAGUAUAGUCCCUAUAAUCCCAAGCCUGUAUUCAUAAAGCAUCUUAAAAUGCUGAUCUACGAUCAUUUUAGAUCAUGAUGAAUCAGAUUACCUGGACAGGGGGGACCUGAUCCUAGAUCAGCUUUUAUUUACAUUUAAGUCAAGCUAGCUAGAUGUGACACUCCUACUCUAGGACUCUUUAUGGAUAUGGACCCAGAGCUUUACUUCACUCUAAGUCCUGUCAUUGCACUUCAUGUACUUGAAUGUAGGAGCACAGUAGUCUAUUUACUUGAAAGAUGGAGCACAUUGAGAAAUACAAGGCCCUGCUUCAGUAUAUUACUGACACAGCAGGGGUCAUGAACUGCCCGGCCACAGAUCUUGGCAAUAAUCCUCAAUUGGAUGGACGAGUGACCAUAUCCUCAAUUAAUCCCCAACAAUAAUGGAACUGCUCAUAAAAGUAUUAUGUCUUAACAUGCGUGCACAAACACACAUAUGAAAAGAAGUGAUACAAAAAAAUAACAUGUCAUAUAGAUGAUCAUAACUAGUAAUUGAGAAGUUUGCACAUUUAUUGAAUUUAUAGAUUUUGAAGAAGUGCUGUAUAUCAUGAUCAAGGGAACAGAUUUGUCUGGGAAAUUAACAUGUAUGGAAUUAUAGGCCGUAACAGACCAGGCCUUAACAGACCAGGCCUUAACAGACCAGGCCUUAACAGACCAGUUAUAGGCCUUAACAGACCAGGCCUUAACAGACCAGUUAUAGGCCUUAACAGACCAGUUAUAGGCCUUAACAGACCAGUUAUCGGCCUUAACAGACCAGACCUUAACAGACCAGACCUUAACAGACCAGACCUUAACAGACCAGUUAUAGGCCUCAGCAGACCAGAAAUAGGCCUUAACAGACCAGUUAUAGGCCUUAACAGACCAGUUAUCGGUCUUAACAGACCAGGCCUUAACAGACCAGUUAUAGGCCUUAACAGACCAGUUAUAGGCCUUAACAGACCAGUUAUAGGCCUUAACAGACCAGUUAUCGGCCUUAACAGACCAGACCUUAACAGACCAGACCUUAACAGACCAGUUAUCGGCCUUAACAGACCAGACCUUAACAGACCAGACCUUAACAGACCAGUUAUAGGCCUUAGCAGACCAGGCCUUAACAGAACAGUUAUAGGCCUUAACAGACCAGUUAUCGGCCUUAACAGACCAGGCCUUAACAGACCAGUUAUAGGCCUUUGGAGACCAGGCCUUAACAGAACAGUUAUAGGCCUUAACAGACCAGGCCUUAACAGACCAGUUAUAGGCCUCAGCAGACCAGAAAUAGGCCUUAACAGACCAGUUAUAGGCCUUAGCAGACCAGGCCUUAACAGACCAGUUAUAGGCCUUAACAGACCAGGCCUUAACAGACCAGGACUUAAAAACCCAGGCCUUAACAGACCAGUUAUAGGCCUCAGCAGACCAGGCCUUAACAGACCAGGCCUUAACAGACCAGUUAUAGGCAUUAGCAGACCAGGUCUUAACAGACCAGUUAUAGGCCUUAACAGACCAGUUAUAGGCCUCAGCAGACCAGUUAUAGGCCUCAGCAGACUUGUUAUAGGCCUCAGCAGACUAGUUAUAGGCCUCAGCAGACUAGUUAUAGGCCUCAGCAGACCAGUUAUAGGCCUCAGCAGACCAGUUAUAGGCCUCAGCAGACCAGUUAUAGGCCUCAGCAGACUAGUUAUAGGCCUCAGCAGACCAGUUAUAGAACUUAGCAGACCAGUUAUAGGCCUCAGCAGACCAGUUAUAGGCCUCAGCAGACCAGUUAUAGGCCUCAGCAGACCAGUUAUAGGCCUCAGCAGACCAGUUAUAGGCCUCAGCAGACUAGUUAUAGGCCUCAGCAGACCAGUUAUAGAACUUAGCAGACCAGUUAUAGGCCUCAGCAGACCAGUUAUAGGCCUCAGCUGACCAGUUAUAGGCCUCAGCAGACCAGUUAUAGGCCUCAGCAGACUAGUUAUAGGCCUCAGCAGACCAGUUAUAGGCCUCAGCAGACCAGUUAUAGGCCUCAGCAGACCAGUUAUAGGCCUCAGCAGACUAGUUAUAGGCCUCAGCAGACCAGUUAUAGAACUUAGCAUACCAGUUAUAGGCCUCAGCAGACCAGUUAUAGGCCUCAGCAGACCAGUUAUAGGCCUCAGCAGACCAGUUAUAGGCCUCAGCAGACCCGUUAUAGAACUUAGCAGACCAGUUAUAGGCCUCAGCAGACUAGUUAUAGGCCUCAGCAGACCAGUUAUAGGCCUCAGCAGACCAGUUAUAGGCCUCAGCAGACCCGUUAUAGAACUUAGCAGACCAGAGGCAGUCGUUCCAGAAAGCUGUGUAUUGUCGAGUUAUCUGCUAGAAUACUUAUUCCCAGUCUUACUUAAGCCUUAACCUAUUCAUCUGAUCUUGCAGUAGUUAACAUGUAAUAAGCCAUUUGUAAUGUGUUAUUAACCCUUUAUCAACAUGUAUGAAACAUUUAUUAGCUCUGGGACUGUGCAAGAAAAAGAGAAACACAAAAAAAGUGUCAUAGAAACACAUAGUUUGGUCAGUCUGUUCAGUCUGUUCAGUCCGUUCAGUCCAUUCAGUCCAUUCAGUCUGUUCAGUCCGUUCAGUCCGUUCAGUCCGUUCAGUCUGUUCAGUCUGUUCAGUCUGUUCAGUCUGUUCAGUCCGUUCAGUCUGUUCAGUCUGUUCAGUCCAUUCAGUCUGUUCAGUCCGUUCAGUCUGUUCAGUCCGUUCAGUCUGUUCAGUCCGUUCAGUCUGUUUAAAUGUAGAUUUUGCUAUCUUGAAGCUGCUGCUAUGUCAAUAAAAAUCUAUAUUCCUAA